GCCUGCGUCGCUCUCUACCCGGCCUCCGCCAUCUUGCCUCUCCCUAGCUGCCAGAAGCCGAGUGCGGAAGUGGAAACGGCUCUCCUGUGCGGGCUCUGGGUUCCGCCUGCUGUGGACUGACGGCUUGCCAGAUCGUUUAGCCCGACACAGCCCCAGUUGUCCAUCAGUUUCGACCGUUUUUCAACCGGCAGAGACUCGAGGGGGAAAGGAGAGAAAGAGAGAGACAGAGCGACAGAGACAUGGCUGGACGGCUACCGGCGUGUGUUGUCGACUGCGGCACAGGUUACACCAAACUGGGGUAUGCAGGGAACACAGAGCCACAGUUCAUCGUUCCAUCAUGUAUCGCCAUCAAAGAGUCGGCCAAGGUCGGAGACCAGGCGCAGCGGAGGAUGAUGAAGGGGGUGGAUGACUUGGAUUUCUACAUCGGGGACGAAGCGGUAGACAAGCCCUCGUAUUCCACAAAGUGGCCGAUCCGUCACGGGAUCGUGGAGGACUGGGACCUAAUGGAGCGCUUCAUGGAGCAGAUCAUCUUCAAGUACCUGAGAGCUGAGCCUGAGGACCACUACUUCCUCCUGACGGAGCCGCCUUUGAACACACCAGAAAACCGAGAGUACACAGCCGAGAUCAUGUUCGAGUCCUUCAACGUACCGGGGCUGUACAUCGCCGUGCAGGCUGUGCUCGCUCUAGCCGCCUCCUGGACGUCCAGACAGGUGGGCGAGAGGACGCUGACAGGCACCGUCAUCGACAGCGGAGACGGCGUCACCCACGUCAUCCCUGUGGCUGAAGGUUAUGUCAUCGGCAGCUGUAUAAAGCACAUUCCCAUCGCAGGACGAGACAUAACCUACUUCACCCAGCAGCUCCUGAGGGAGAGGGAGGUGGGCAUCCCACCGGAGCAGUCGCUGGAGACGGCCAAGGCGGUCAAGGAGCGGUUCAGCUACGUGUGCCCGGAUCUAGUUAAAGAGUUCAACAAGUACGACACAGAUGGCUCCAAGUGGAUCAAGCAGUACACCGGCAUCAACGCCAUCAGCAAGAAGGAGUUCACCAUCGACGUGGGCUACGAGCGCUUCCUGGGUCCUGAGAUCUUCUUCCACCCUGAGUUCGCCAACCCCGACUUCACCCAGCCCAUCUCCGAGGUCGUGGACGAGGUCAUCCAGAACUGCCCCAUUGAUGUCAGGCGUCCUCUCUAUAAGAACAUUGUUUUGUCAGGAGGCUCCACCAUGUUCAGGGACUUCGGGCGCCGUCUGCAGAGAGACUUAAAGAGGACGGUUGAUGCCCGACUGAAGAUGAGCGAGGAGCUGAGUGGAGGCAAACUCAAGCCCAAACCAAUCGAUGUCCAAGUUAUCACCCAUCAUAUGCAGAGAUAUGCAGUUUGGUUCGGUGGAUCAAUGUUAGCAUCAACUCCUGAGUUCUACCAGGUCUGCCACACCAAAAAGGACUACGAAGAGAUCGGGCCGAGCAUCUGUCGCCACAAUCCCGUGUUUGGAGUCAUGUCUUAACUUUGGACCUCCAAACAAAGUCUAACAGCGACGGGGGGAAGCG